AUGAAGCUUGUCGCUUUAAUUAUCUCACUCGUUUCAGCAGGAAGCGUUCUCCAAGAAAAGCUUGUAGGAGGCAACACUGGAUUUAACUGCAACCCUAGUCUUUAUAUUUACAAUGUCUUAUCUUAUCUUAUGGAAUUUAUAUCGCUUAACGUCCACUACGGGGUUACAACUCCAGGUUUAUCACUCGCCUUUCGUCGCAUCGGGCCCACCAGUCUGCUGGAGACAAACUCGCUUUGAUCACCAGGGUGCUUCCAGGGCAAAUGUCCACGUCUUCGACGGCUCAUGGAUGAGCUACUUGCUUGUACAUGGGUUGCUUUUCCGAAAAACCCAAAAAAUGGAUUUUUCUGGUCGGCUAUCGGCAAAAAGGAAAAAUGCAAAGCCUGGGACGUAACGCCCAGUUUCACGCUAGGGAGUUGCCCGAAUGGUCCAAAGGACUUUGCUGGGCUUCCCCUUUCCAACCUUGCACCCUCCUUCCCCACGAGGAAAAAUCCACCCCUGAGAAUAGACUAGGGCUAGGCUCUGAAAGCUACCAGAAUUGCUUACCUAGCAUUGCUGUCCAUCUCUGAAAUGGUAAAACCUUGCCGGAUAUAAUUAAAAUAUGAGUCGAGGCUGCAUGGCCGGGAGGCCAUGCCCAGACGAAGACGCCAUAUUUUAAUUAUAUUAUAUUUACAAUGUCACUAAAUUUGUGACAAGUCCAUGGCCUCCUGUGAAAAAUGAAUGGGUAAGCUUAGGAAUGAAUGGGACCAUGACUCAAAAUGUGUCGCUUAAAGGACUUGGGAUUUAUGUUCAACUAAAUGGAGCUAAUUUAUAUCAAGAAACAAUUCCAGAAGACGGGAAUUAUAACGCCGGACAGUAUUAUGCAUUGAACUUUAAGGCUUAUUUCCCAAGUAUCAUACCAAAUGGGAAGUAUCAAGUGGAUACCAAGCUGAUUAACACUGCAGGAAACCCUUUAAACUGCUGGGCAGUGACUUUUACAAUGGCCUAA